UAAACGACUGAAUUAAAAACAUACAAGUAAAGGAACCGUUGUAUUCGGUCUUUAUCUCCUCAAUUUAAUCGUAUUAUCUAAUAUAAUAUUCCUGAUUUACAUUGAUUGUUGAUUAGUUUUUACUAGAAAUUAAAAUACAAGGGGGGCAAACGUUGUUCACAGCAGUUAGUGGCAGUGUGAUAGGGCGCAGUGGAGCUGUGGAUCUCAAGAAAUUCAACAGUGUGGUUAAGAACAUUAGUACAGCUAGCGUGAUGGCCGAUAAAUUCAAGUUACCUGCCCGCUACGGCGCCGGCGAAAAGAGCGUCUGGGUGGAGUACAUUCAAUUAGCUGCUGAAUACAAGCCGAAAGUGAACCUUGGGCAGGGCUUCCCCGACUACCAUUCACCUGAUCAUGUGACAAAGAACCUGGCUCAGAUCACCACAAGUGACAACCCACUUUUAAAUCAAUAUACUAGAGGAUUUGGUCACCCUACACUGGUUGCGAACUUAUCAAAACUAUACUCUCCGUUAGUAAACAGACAGAUUGACCCUCAGAAUGAGAUUUUGGUCACAGCUGGUGCUUACGAGGCCCUUUACUCAGCUAUUUUAGGUCACGUGGAUGAAGGUGACGAGGUGGUCGUCAUCGAGCCGUUCUUCGACUGCUACGAGUUCAUGAUCAAAUGCGCCGGCGGUGUUGCCCGGUUUAUACCACUCAAACCAAAAGUAACAGACAGCGAAACUCAAACGUCAGCACAAUGGGUACUCGACAAAGCCGAGUUGGAGUCCCUCUUCAGCGAUCGCACAAAGAUGAUAAUCCUGAACACCCCCCACAACCCCACCGGCAAGGUUUUCACAAUGGAAGAGCUUCAGAUGGUGGCAGACCUCUGCAAGAAGUACAACGUACUCUGCGUAGCUGAUGAGGUUUAUGAGUGGAUGGUCUUUGAACCCAAGAAGCAUAUUAGGAUCGCGACCCUCCCCGGUAUGUGGGAUCGCACGAUAACCAUCGGCUCAGCCGGCAAGACGUUCUCAGUCACCGGCUGGAAGACGGGCUGGGCGUACGGACCAGCUGCCCUCAUGAGGAACUUGCAGGUCGUCCAUCAGAACUGUGUCUACACCUGCUGUACUCCCGUGCAGGAAGCCAUCGCCCGUUCAUUAGAGUUCGAGUUGUCUCGUCGCGACUCACCGGACUGCUACCUCAGAUCUCUUGCCCGGGAACUGUUACCAAAGCGAGACUUUGUCGUCAAGUCCCUGAAAGAGAACGGCUUCAACCCUUACGUCCCUGAAGCUGGAUACUUCAUCAUCGCUGACUGGACUAAGCUGGGCGACAAAAUCGACUUGUCUAAGGAAUCAGACCGGUACAAUGACUACAGAUUCACAAAGAAGUUUGCGAAGGAGGCUGGAGUGCUGGCCAUACCGCCGAGCGCCUUCUACUCAGAACAGAACAAGAAUCUAGGAGAGAAUUAUGCUAGGUUCUGCUUUAUCAAGAAAGAUGAAAACCUGGCUUUGGCAGAUAAGCUGAUGAGGGACUGGAACUCAAGUAAAAAGCAGUAAACAUCUGUGCCAUCUUUGGUCGCAUUUCUUAUUGAUAUCACGUGUAUUUAUAUAUUAUGCUGAGUUACAAAGACGUUAAUUCUCCAUUAAGGUACUUAAUUCAACAAUAACAAAUUUUUAUUUGACUUUUAACAAACAUUUAACACAGUUAUUCCAGAAAUAAACUACUGGUGGCUAAUUUUAGAACUUUAAUCUAAAAUGAGAUGGAUAUACAAGACGGACGAAUAUACGGAUAUACGGCCCAAGGUAGCUACAAAACUAUUGUAAUUGUGAAUAUGAUACUAAUUUGGGCUUUUGGUAUAAUUAUGUUUAAGUAAGCAUUUCCUUAAACGAUAGAAUAAUAUGGCAACUGCCUUCUAA